GUGACUGACAACUGAAGUUUGAAGUUUUUAUCUAUCGUUCUAUUUUUAUUUAUAUAUUUGAAUGAAAUCGGAGUAUUUUGCAAAAAAAUAAAGCGAACAAUCAAACGACAUUCGGACUACAAAAUCAGCAUAUACUUAUGACUGAAAAUACAGUGCUGAAUUGAUUCUGCAGUAUUAAAUUCCAUCCACAGAGUUACAGAGCCUCCCUCAUCACAAUCUACAGCUUGUUUGUACAGUUUGUAGUGAGAAAAUGUCUCGGUUCUUAGGCAGACCAAUAUUUUAUAUAAAUAGGCGUUUUCAACAGACUCAGGCAAAAAUAGCCUCUAAAAUAAAAAAGCCCCAGCAGCCUCUAGGUCAUUUGGCCGCAGGGCCAGUUUUUCGGAAUGCUCGAUUAUUCCCUAAUAAUAUUGCUGUACGAGAUCGGAUAGCAGCCUACACCUAUGCAAAUAUAUUUAUGAGCGCCAAUGAGCUUUCUAAAGAGAUUACUGGCCUUUUGGAUGGCAAAACCAAUCAAAAAGUUAUGUUUCUUUGCCCCAAUGAUGUUCAAUAUGUUAUUACUUUGUGGGCUAUUUGGAUGUCUGGACAAAUAGCCAUUCCUGUUAGUCCUCUUCACCCCAAAACCCUACUUUUAUACUAUGCCAAUGAUUCUUCAUCAAAAUUACUAAUAACCAUCCCAGAAUAUUCAGAUUUAAUGCACCGAGUUGCCAGAAACUCUUCUACAUUGUUACAUGUGUUGGAUGAUAAGCUCAAAUUAAACUGUACUUUACUGCAACCAAUUCACAAAAAUGACUUGGAAGGAGGCAUUGAUGAUGAUUUUUACAAAAAAUCCGAUGCAAUGAUUUUGUAUACGAGUGGAACAACGGCUAAUCCCAAAGGUGUUGUUUUGUCGUACAACAACCUUACCGCGCAAGUCUCCUCUCUUCUGGACGCCUGGAGAUGGACUUCCGAUGACGUCAUACUGCAUGCCCUCCCCCUACACCAUGUUCAUGGCAUCGUCAACGCGCUUCUGUGUCCCCUAUACGCAGGGGCUAAAACUAUGAUGUUGAAGAAAUUCAAUGCGAACUCGGCUUGGUCGUAUUUGUUAGGCGUUAACGCCGGACCCGAUGACCGAAGGGUAACGAUUUUCAUGGGUGUCCCCACUAUGUACUCAAAGUUAGUUGAAGAAUAUGAUCGGGUGUUCAAACAAGAUCCGAAGAUGGCCGAUUAUAUUAAAAAUAACAUCCAUUCAAAAGUGAGGUUAAUGAUUUCUGGAUCUGCUCCUUUGCCGCUGCCUUUAUAUGAAAGAUGGUUGGAAAUUACUGGGCAUCAAUUACUAGAAAGAUACGGAAUGACAGAAACUGGAAUGACUUUGUCAAAUUUGUACGACAGUAGGAAGCCUGGGUUUGUUGGUGUACCGCUUCGUGGAGUUUCGGCUAGAAUUGUAGAUAUGGAGAAUGCGGACAAGGAAGAGGCAUUAGUGGAAUGCUCAAACGUCGAAGACACUUUGGUUUAUUCAAAAAACUGUCAGAAAGAUGCUCAAGGUCAAGACCCUGUAGGCGAGCUUCAACUAAAAGGCCCUGGCAUUUUUUCUAAGUACCACGAAAGACCUGAAACCACCAAAAACUCCUUCACGUCAGACAAUUAUUUUAAAACCGGCGACGUUUGUCAGUACUCGUUAGACAAAAAAUCCUUCAAAAUUCUGGGCAGGAAAUCCAUAGACAUAAUUAAGACUGGAGGCUACAAAGUUAGCGCUCUUGAAAUCGAGGCCGCCUUACAUGGCAACGCUGCAAUUAAAGAUUGCAGUGUGAUUGGUGUAAAGGAUGAGCAGUGGGGUGAACGCGUUGUUGCCAUUGUUGCACUUGUGAAGAAUGAAAUAGAUAAUAAACGAAUCGAAGAAGAGUUGGUUCAAUGGUCACACACAGUGUUGCCAAAGUAUGCUGUUCCCAAAGAAUUUAGGUUUGUAGAGACAAUACCAAAGAACGCCAUGGGAAAAGUAAACAAAAAAGAGCUGGUCCAACGAGCUUUUGGGCCUCGCUGAGAAGUAUUGGAGUCACUGCAGCUCAACUUGUAACGUUUAAGGAUGUAUUUUGUUAUAAAUGGAUUAUUAUUAUUGGUUUGUUUUUUUUUUUGAAUAAAUUUUUGUUUUACUUUGCUUGAUGUCUCCUAAUCUUCAAUGACCACAGGUGCCCAAUGCCUUUAUUUCAUGUUCUGCAUGACAUUUUCCAGCAUGCAUUUCUCUUGAAAAUAAAUUUUCUAUUACCAAGGCAGAAAAAUCCGCAAACUGAAUAAAAUUUGAACUCACCCUACAACCUAUCCUACCUUAUAUUUUAAAGUUCAAUUUUCUAUGAACUGCAUAGCUACCUGAAUCAAUAUGAGGCUAAAAUAUUAUUAUUUAGUGGUGUAAAAAUUCCUAAAAAUUUAUUUGAAACUUGAAACUGGUGUGGAUUAACCCAAAGUUAUGAUUCCAUGCAGUCGUGCAAACUAGUAGGUACGUAUUACUUUAUUGGAAUGAAAUAACUGACAAAUUCAUUUUAUAAGUAAAAUUCAAUUUAUUUAUUACAAGUAGUAGUACAAAAAAGACACUGGCUUCCAUUAAAAAAUGGGAGAGUACCUAUCACUUCAAUCCCUAGCAUCUUCUUUCGACACGCUGAAAGGUUCUGGAACGCUUUCAACACCACAGUCUGCAAUUAUGACGUCUUUGAUUGGUUUAUCUCUGAAAAAAAAAAAUAGUUAGUUCCGCUUGGUUACCUAUAUUAUUGCCAAAUGUCAAUUGUCACCCCAAAUAACGAUUUUUGCAUUAAAAAAGGCAGUUCUUCACAAUUGCUCCCUUAAAAUGAAAAUUAAAAAAAAAAAACUAGACUAAACAAGAUCCUAAACUAGACAACUUAAAUUAUAAAUGUUGGUGUUUUUUUUCUAAAGAUUCAGAGUUUAGAGAUAAUGUAAUGUAUAAAAGUCAAAAAAACUCAUACAUAGGUAGGUACCUCUAGCUUAGAUUCAGGAAAUUAUUGCAUGAAUCACCCAUGCAGCCAAAACUGCAAUAAAAUUAUUGAAAUUUUAUACCAAUAAUUGUUACAAUUUCGUCUAUUCGUGCCCAGAUUUGAGUUUUUUAAUGCCCAACUUUUUUUUACAAUUUCAGAAUAAAUAAAGCAUGUAUCGAGAUACUUAGAACGUACACAAUCAAUCAUAUGGAUUGAAAUUUACAAGUAGCAGCGAUUCUAAAAUCCACUUGUCAACAUGUGUAGAAUCUAAUUUUUCAAAAGAUAUAAUGGAUAGAAGGGAAGAGCGGUCUAGGGUGUAGUGCUACAAAAUAUUGCCACGGAUUCCAGGUCCACUUAAACUCACUCUACAAACAGUGACAACAUUUAUUGAUCAAAAUGACUUUAUAAAAAUCCACUUAUCACUUCAUUCCUUUAACAACUGCGACUUGAACCCAGAGCCUUACAUCACUUAACCAUCCUGACUUUCCAGAUCUACCCUCACGCCUGCGUGGUUCUUCUUUCCUUGGACGGUGGCGCGGGAAUUAGAAGAAGGUGCCUAUUCUGCACCUUCUUGGAUGAUCAUAGCAGUUGAAUUAUUAAUUUUCAAGGAAAUCUGUAGAGCGCCUGUGCGAAAUUACGGGGUUGCGUAGAAUAGUUCAAUUUUGUACCAGUUUUCAAGGGUAUCAAUGAUCUAGUAGGCAGAAGCAGACUAGUCUGUGUUAUUAGUCUGCAUAGUGAGGGCAGCAUAGUUAUAAAAAUGUCAGUUGGUGCGUAGACGUUUUGUCGAUUUUUGCGUUUUUCUAUUUUCUGCAUUUUGGAAGAAGCUAGUGAAAGUGAAGAUAAGUUACUUACUAGAAUGAUCUAGAUUUCUCAUAUUUAUUUCUACUUUCAUAAUGCUUAUUAUUUACUACUGGAUAUUUAACCUGUGACUCAAUUUCUUACCUGCUGUCAGUUUCUGUGGACUCUAUCCUUCUAACAACAUCCAUCCCUUUCAGAAUUUUUCCAAAAACUACAUGACGGUUAUCCAACCAGCUAGUUGCUUUGGUAGUUAUAAAAAACUGCGAACCGUUUGUGUCUUUUCCAGCAUUUGCCAUCGACAACCAUCCAGCUCCGUAAUGUUUCAGUUUGAAGUUCUCGUCGGCGAAACGUUCGCCGUAAAUUGAACGUCCUCCGGUGCCGUCACCUCUGGUGAAAUCGCCGCCUUGGAUCAUGAACUCUUUGAUGACUCGGUGAAACUUGCUGCCUUUGUAGCCUUCGCCGGCAGGCUUUAGGGCGAGCUGUUUGAAGUUCUCGGCCGUUUUCGGAACGGUGUUGCCAAAGAGGCCGACUUCGAGGCGGCCGGCUGCCUCCCCGCCGAUUGUGAUGUCAAACCAAACCUG